AUUCAAUCCAUCAGAAACUUCAAUCACCUUCUUUUCAUGGAUACCAAUCCAAUUCAAGAAGAGCACAACCAUGUUACCCCCAUCUCCGAAAUGAACAACGAUCUUUUAGCUUCCAUGUACAAGAAGAUCGCAGAGCCUCCGAGACUUCUUAGCAAUGCCGCUGGUAAAGCCUCCUGCUGCAUCUUCCGAGUCCCGCAGAGCCUCCUCGAGAUAAACGGCAAGUCGUACCAACCCCACAUCGUCUCCAUCGGCCCUUACCACCGCGGCGAGCCCCACCUCAGAAUGAUCGAGGAGCACAAGUGGCGCUACCUGGGUUCUCUGCUUUCAAGAACAGAGCCUAAAGGGUUGGCUCUCCAGCACUACUUGAAGUCCAUAGAGCCAAUGGAAGCUAGAGCCAGAGAGUGUUACUCUGAGACAAUCCACCUUAGCUCUGAUGAGUUCGUCGAGAUGAUGGUCCUUGAUGGUUGCUUCUUGAUCGAGUUGUUUCGAAAAAAUGGCCGAGUGGUUCGGUUUGAGCGUGAUGAUCCACUCGUCAAUAUGUUCUGGGUAAUUCCGUUUAUGGUUAGAGAUUUUCUUCGUCUUGAAAACCAAAUCCCCUACUUUGUUCUUGAGCACUUGUAUGAUCUGAUUACGAAAGCCGAAGAUCGUAAAGAUUCUGUGAAAUCCUUGUCCUUGCUUGCUUUGGGAUUCUUCAACAACCAUAUGCUGAGGCCUGACCCUGUCAUAGAGAAGCUUCAUAGUCUUACAGGUAAGCAUUUGCUUGACUUGUUGCGGUUAAGUGUGAUACCAGCGGGUUAUGCAGAGCCACAAAGAAGCAGUACACCAACACACAUAAUACAUUGUGUGUCUAAGCUUCGUCACGCUGGAAUCAAGCUCAAUGCUAAGGAAUUCGAAAGCUUCUUGAUGGUCAAAUUUAAGCGUGGAGUGAUCGAGAUGCCUACCAUCACAAUCGACGAUUUCAUGAGCGCCUUCUUGUUGAACUGCGUCGCCUACGAGCAGUGCCACAAGUCGUGCUCCAAGCACAUCACCACUUAUGCCACAUUGCUCGAUUGCCUCGUGAACAGUUACAAGGAUGUCGAGUACUUGUGUGACAGAAACAUAAUGGAGAAUUGCUAUGGGAACGAUGGGGAAAUUGCUCAUUUCAUCAACAAUAUGGGGAAGGAUGUAGCUUUUGAUUAUGAUAGGUGUUAUCUAUCGAAAUUGUUCAAUGAUGUUCAUGACUAUUACCGGAAUAGUUGGCAUGUUACGUGGGCUAGUUUCAAGUACACCUACUUUGACACACCGUGGUCGUUUGUUUCGGCCUUAGCUGCUUUGAUUUUGCUCAUACUCACCGUGCUGCAGACCUUGUACUCCGUUCUAUCUUUUUAUAAUUCUUGAGAUAUAAUAUGUU